AUGCAGAACGAGUGGUUAGACAUAGGAGAUUUUUGCAUCCCAUUAGCAUUAAAAUGGCGCACUUUAAUUUAUGAUUGGUCGCCAGCAUUGCUAAAAUUCUAUCUCAAUGCGUUCCAGAUGACUCUCCCAGAUCAGAGUAAUUUAGUAAGAUGGGGUAAAAGUACCGAAAAAACUUGCUAUAUCUGUGGAAAGGCAGUUGGAACUGCUAAGCAUCUGCUGGUGGGAUGUAAGGUACUCCUUGACAGCGGUCAAUACUCGCGUCGUCACGAUAGGGUUCUAGAAGUCAUACGUGAAGCGGUUAGUCUUUCGGUAGCCAGAGCGCAAAAGGGAAUAACCACAAACGAACGAUCAGUAGGUUUUGUGAGAGAAGGCACUAGGGCUACAAAAUCAAACGUCAAGCCUUACUCCAUCCUUAAAGCGGCGUCGGAUUGGACUAUAAUGAUGGACACGUAUGAAAAACAAUAUAAAAUCCCCGAGGAUAUUUGUGCGUCGGCCUCCAGACCGGAUAUAUUUUUGUUUUCGCGAAUUUUAAAGCGCGUAGUGAUAAUAGAGCUUACGGUCCCUUGGGAAACCAACAUCCCCAAAGACCAUACCAUCAAGGUAAACAAAUAUUACGAGCUCACAAACGAACUCACUCGAAAUAGGUUCGUAGUAGAUUUGUACGCGGUAGAGGUGGGAGCGAGAGGUAUAACAGCGAAAUCUCUCUAUAACCUACUAAAGGACUUGGGCUUGUCCAGAACUCACAUUAAUGCAUUCUUGGAACGUACAUCGAAGGCAGCCCUAGUAGGUUCUUUUCAAAUUUGGUUAGGUAGGGAGAGGAGCUUGGACAGUGGAGGUGAGCGUAUAACGCGCCAAGCCCAACCCGGUAUACAUAAAGCUAAAAGUCCGAAGAAGAAAAAUACCCCUGGGACAGUCCGAGAGGGGGGGCGGAAGAACUGUCCACCGGUCGAUUUUAACGGCGAAAACGGCGCGAAUACGGACUUGAAAUGCUCUACGUGCGGGAAAAACUACAAGAGACGAGCCUGGUACAUUAAACAUCUAAAAACACAUAAUGGGGUUGAAGCACGACAAUCGUCGGUAAGAUCUACAACAUUCACUUCGGAUAGAGUUGACCCUCAUGUAUCCCAUGGUGAACCAUUAACUGGAAACCACCAGGAGUCCAUUAACAUCAGGACACGUCUUAGCAUUCCUAAUCUAAAACAAUCGACUUGGAAAGUUCAUGACGACAACUUAGCAGUCCUGUUAGAGCAUCCGGGCUCGAAGCAGGAAUUGAACUCGCAGGUAGAAACUUUCCAAAAUACCGUUUAUGACUACUUUAGCGAGCAAUAUCCACCACGUAAUCGUUAUGCUCGCAAAAAUAAAGACAAUUCGUUCAAAUUAAAAAUGCGGAAGAAAAAACGGGAAUUAAUAAAAAAUCUACGUAUAGCCAAAGCUCUAGGCGACAAUCACCUUAGUCAUCAACUAGCUAGGGCGUUAAGGUCAAUCCUUAAAUUAAUCCAAGGAAUAUCGGCGCAAACUGCAGAAUAUCGCGAUAAUUUUGACCGGGCAAAACAAGAAGUAGAUUUCGAUAAAAACCCUUUUGAGUAUUCGAAAACCAUUUUUAAGAAAGAACGCGGACAGCUUCUCUUGACCAACGAUCAAAUUUACGACCAUUUUAAGAGCACAUACGAAGUGCCUAAAAGUUUAAGACGGUAUAGGGAUCCAAACGAUCAAAAACCUGAAUUUCCUCGAAUCGAAUUCCACGGCAUUCCACCAACGCUAGAGGAACUAAGUAGUCAGAUCAAGAGGAAGUCGUCUAAAUCUGCACCGGGACCCGAUGGUAUCCCAUAUAUAGUCUUUAAAAAAUGUGCAUCGGCCAAAUCACCAGAAAGGGUUUUUACCCGGGAUUUCUGGAUGCUUAGAACACAACACCUGCUGUCGGAGAGUUUGAAAGAUGCUAGAAAAAGCGAGCGGCAAAUCACUGUUUGUUGGAUAGACUUGGAGAACGCGUUCGGGUCGAUACAACACGAAUUGAUGCUAUUCGCGCUUAGAUGGUACAACUUUCCACCCCUAGUUAGAGAUAUGAUCGCGUCGUAUUACUCAAAAUUAAGGUUUUCUAUAAUAACUAAAGAAGGCCCUUCAAAAAGUUUGAGUUAUAAUGUAGGACUGUUUCAAGGUUGUUGUCUAUCUCCAAUUGCGUUUAAUAUCGUAAUUAACAUCUUAGUAGACAAAUUAAUCUGUAACGAGAAAAAAUGGGGUUAUCGGUUUAAGUUUAAUAAUAAAUACACGGAAUCCAUUUUAGCCUUCGCUGACGAUCUCGCAAUACUGACACGUAACCCCAAACACUGUCAGGUACUAUUGGAUGAAGUGGAUAAAUUCUGUGAGUGGACGGAUGGAUUGAGGACAAAACCCAGUAAAUGUCACUGUCUGUGUCUUGGUAGGCGGAAUACAAGAUACACCUCAUACGAUCCGGGACUAUCGUUAGGCGGUCAAUGCAUUUCUACGGUUACGGAAAAUGCACCAUUUAAAUUUCUCGGUCGUAAGAUAGAUAAUAUAGGCCGUACUCCAUCUUUAGAAGGAAUAGUAGAUAGCUUUUUGAACGAUCUUAACAAGGUAGAUAGCCAACUGAUAAGUAACGUCAAAAAAGCGUGGAUCUACGAGAAUUACUUAACUUCACGUUUGAAUUGGCCUUUCCUCGUCUAUGAUUUUAAUAGAACCCUUUUGUCAAAGUUAGAUGCAGGCGUCAUAAAGAUGUUGAAGUUGUGGCUCGGGCUCGCGCUAACGGCUGAUUCAUCGGCGUUAUUUAGGGGAAGCAAUAGUUUUGGGAUGAGUCUAAAAAGGCCAUCGGAGCUCUAUAAACACCUAAGAGUUUCCAAGAGAUAUAUCCUGGGGAAAUCCCAUGAUGACAUAGUGACAUCGCUCCCAAAAGACGAAGAUGCCCCCGAGCUAGAGUCACGACUUCAAUUCCAUAAGCAAUUUAUGAUAGGAGCGCAAAGUAACAGAGCGGGGUUAGGAUCAAAUAGGAAAGUCCAAGAUGCGGAUAUAUUGAAGUCUUUUAUUCGGCAAGACGAGAAUGAUAAAUAUAAGAUCCAUGCAAUGAAUUUAGAAAUGCAGAACGAGUGGUUAGACAUAGGAGAUUUUUGCAUCCCAUUAGCAUUAAAAUGGCGCACUUUAAUUUAUGAUUGGUCGCCAGCAUUGCUAAAAUUCUAUCUCAAUGCGUUCCAGAUGACUCUCCCAGAUCAGAGUAAUUUAGUAAGAUGGGGUAAAAGUACCGAAAAAACUUGCUAUAUCUGUGGAAAGGCAGUUGGAACUGCUAAGCAUCUGCUGGUGGGAUGUAAGGUACUCCUUGACAGCGGUCAAUACUCGCGUCGUCACGAUAGGGUUCUAGAAGUCAUACGUGAAGCGGUUAGUCUUUCGGUAGCCAGAGCGCAAAAGGGAAUAACCACAAACGAACGAUCAGUAGGUUUUGUGAGAGAAGGCACUAGGGCUACAAAAUCAAACGUCAAGCCUUACUCCAUCCUUAAAGCGGCGUCGGAUUGGACUAUAAUGAUGGACACGUAUGAAAAACAAUAUAAAAUCCCCGAGGAUAUUUGUGCGUCGGCCUCCAGACCGGAUAUAUUUUUGUUUUCGCGAAUUUUAAAGCGCGUAGUGAUAAUAGAGCUUACGGUCCCUUGGGAAACCAACAUCCCCAAAGACCAUACCAUCAAGGUAAACAAAUAUUACGAGCUCACAAACGAACUCACUCGAAAUAGGUUCGUAGUAGAUUUGUACGCGGUAGAGGUGGGAGCGAGAGGUAUAACAGCGAAAUCUCUCUAUAACCUACUAAAGGACUUGGGCUUGUCCAGAACUCACAUUAAUGCAUUCUUGGAACGUACAUCGAAGGCAGCCCUAGUAGGUUCUUUUCAAAUUUGGUUAGGUAGGGAGAGGAGCUUGGACAGUGGAGGUGAGCGUAUAACGCGCGUUAGUUAA